CAUGGCAUGAUCUCUUAUGUCUUAUCCAACACACACAAAAUGAAAAUAUACCAAGUACAAAAUUUGGCAGUCUAAGAGCAGUACUACUGUACAUCUCGGUGAGGUACACCGCUGGUGAUUUCAACCCCAAUCAAAUUUCCCAUUACAAUAAUUUCAACGAAACCAAACUCCUGUUUCAUUCACUCAUUUUUGUUCUAACUUUCAUUUCUCAAUAUUCAUUCAUUCGUAACCCUCAAAAGAAAAUCUCCCUCUCAAGAAGGGAGGUUUUCGACCAGUUCAUUGAAGAAGAUGGAAGUUUGCACACCUCUCAAAUCUGAUAGUAGAUUAAAGCACCGCUCUAUGACCCCUCUUAGGUUUUUAAGGGGUGUGAUAUGUUUGGUGGUGUUUCUUUCAACAGCUUUUAUGUGUAUAGUAUAUCUUUCGCCGCUUGCAGUUGUAGGAUUGCGGCUUAUUAGUAUUCGUUAUAGUAGGAAGGCAGUAUCAUUCUUCUUUGGACUUUGGUUAUCUAUGUGGCCCUUUUUAUUCGAAAAGAUAAACAAGACUAAAGUUGUCUUUUCUGGGGAUAGUAUUCCAAUGAGGGAACGUGUAUUACUUAUCGCCAAUCACAGAACUGAGGUGGAUUGGAUGUACUUGUGGGAUCUUGCUCUUAGAAAGGGAAGACUAGGAUUUAUAAAAUAUAUCCUUAAGAGCAGCUUAAUGAAACUACCGAUUUUUGGUUGGGGAUUUCAGAUUCUGGAAUUCAUUGCAGUGGAGAGGAAAUGGGAGAUAGAUGAGCAAAUAUUGCAACAAAAUCUUUCAACAUUUCAGGAUCCGAAAGAUCCUUUAUGGCUAUCUCUUUUUCCCGAAGGAACCGAUUAUAAUGAACAGAAGUGUAAAAGUAGUCAAAAAUUUGCUGCUGAAGUUGGACUUCCUGUGCUGACAAAUGUACUACUUCCAAAAACAAAGGGGUUUCACACUUGCUUGGAAACUCUACGAGGCUCAUUGGAUGCAGUAUAUGACGUGACAAUUGCAUACAAGAAUCAAUGUCCUUCCUUUCUAGACAAUGUUUUUGGUCUUGAUCCUUCAGAAGUCCACUUGCAUAUUCGGCGUAUUCCUAUAGAGGAGAUUCCAGUUUCUGAAACUAAAGCUGCUUCUUGGCUAAUGGAUGCAUUCCAAAUCAAGGAUCAAUUGCUUUCUGAUUUCAAGGUUCAAGGCCAUUUCCCUAACCAACAAAAUGAAGAGGAAAUCUCGACAUUCAAGUGCCUAUUCACUUUUACCGUGAUAGUUUGUUUUACCGCCUUGUUUACUUAUUUUACCUUGUUUUCUCACAUCGGGUUCAAGUUAUAUGUAGGUCUCUCUUGUGCAUAUCUUUCUAUGGCAACGCGCUACAAAAUUCAAUUGAUGCCUUUAACAAAUUAUGUACAUGCAUUCUAUAACAGGAAGAAACAAAAGAAUGCAUAGUGUUCUCAAUUUUAAAGGUCAAAUGUACAAUUUUGGUCUUGAACUUGAUAUUGAAGUGUACAUUAUUUGCUUAAUUUGAUUCUUUUCAUAGUUUUGUUCAGACAGUGCCAGGAAAUCAAAUGCACAAUUUUACAAA